UCAAGAUAGGAGUUGCCUGGAUUAUGGAGAAAGCGCUUGGUGAAACGAUGAGACCUUUGCAAAUAGCAAUUCUCAUAGUAGGCAGCCGUGGAGAUGUGCAGCCGAUUGUUGCCAUCGCAAUGCAUAUGCAGCGAAAGUACAACCAUCAAAUCAGAGUAGCAACACAUGUGGACUUCAGGAAUCUGGUGAUUGAGGCCGGCCUUGACUUCUAUCCCUUGGGUGGAGAUCCAAAGAUACUUGUCCAAUACAUGGCAGAGAACAACGGAUGCAUCCUUCCCUUGCGUUUCAGCCGCAUCUCCAUUUACAGGAAGCAGCUAAGAGCGAUCAUCAACUCAGUGCUGCCAGCGUGCACUGAGCCUAGCAUUCUGAAUCCCUCGUUCCGAGCACAAGCCAUACUAGCAAACCCAAUGGCAUACGGUCAUGUGCACAUUGCUGAGUAUCUCAAUGUUCCAUUCCAUUUGAUAUCUGCAAUCCCCUGGACGCCAACCAGUGAGAUUCUUCACCCAUGUCUUCGUAUCAAAGGACUGGAUAAUAAGAUGACAUACAAGCUAGUGGAUGUGUUUAUGUGGCUGAGUUCUGGCUCCUUGUUGAACAAACUACGCAAAGACCAGCUCAAGCUCGAUCCGCUUCCACUUUUGAGCAGCUUCAUAGACUCCAAUGUGUCCGCGACGUACACAUGGAGUCCACACCUGGUCCCCAAGCCUAAAGACUGGGGCGAGAACGUGGAUGUGACUGGAUUUUGCUUCUUGGAUCAAGCACACGAUUUCAAACCACCUUUGGGGCUUCUCAGUUGGCUAGAAUCCGGGCAACCUCCCAUACAUAUCGGGUUUGGCAGCUUGCCUAUGCAGGAUCCAGAGCGCACAACAGAAAUCAUCAUAGAAGCUCUCAAACUGACCGGCCAAAGAGGGAUCAUUUCCAAGGGCUGGGCUGGACUGGGUGGUGAAUCAACUGAAUUCCCAGACCACAUUUACGUGCUGGAUGAAAUUCCUCACGACUGGCUGUUUCCUCGCUGUUCUGGAGUCAUCAACCACGGAGGCGUUGGCACAGUUGCUGCAAGCCUCAGAGCUGGGUGUCCAACAGCAGUGGUCCAUGCAUGUAGUGAUCAAGAGCUCUGGGGUGAAAUUGUUCAUUCAAAUGGGGCUGGACCAGCACCGAUCCACAUAUCUCAAAUCUCCCUGCAGACAAUGGUCCAGUGUAUUCUCUGCUUGAUCAAGCCUGAAGUCAAAGAGAGAGCCAUUCAAUUAUCCGAAUGGCUGCAGCAAGAGAGUGCUAUCGAGGCAGCAGUGAGAUCCAUUCAUAAGCAUCUUGAUAAGAGUUUCAAGACGAAUGAUUAUUGUAAGAAUGAUCCGAGUAUGCCCGUGCACUGGGACAGAGUUUACUGCUGCUUUGUGUUUGCCUGCGUAUUCAUGAGAGAGUUACUUACAUAAUUAAAUAAUUAGUGUAUAUUAUUAUAC